GCUCCAGAGCGAAAGUUCCGGUACCGCGGCAGAAUGGAGGCGCCCUUGCCUCCCCGGGAGUCGGGGAGGUUCGUGGCGGAAAACAGCCGAGACGUGUUCGUGGACCUCGGGGGCGUGCGCAGGACCGCCGAGCUGCUACUGGCCGCCCCCUCUGCGUGGCGCCUGGAGAGCUGGAAGGACCUGCACCAGCUAAAUCCGCGGGCUGCCGAUGAGGCCGCGCUCAACUGGGUGUUCGUGGUGGACUCGCUCAACUUCUCCUUCUGGUCGGAGCAGGAGGAGCACAAGUGUGUGGUGAGGUACCGGGGCACAGCCUACAGCGGCUACUGGGCCCUGUGCGCCGCGGUGAACCGAGCCCUGGACGAAGGGAUUCCAAUUACUACUGCCUCCUACUAUGCCACAGUGAGCCUUGAUCAAGUUCGGAAUAUAUUUCGUUCAGACACAAGCGUUUCCAUGCCUUUGAUAGAAGAGAGGCAUCAGAUUCUCAGUGGCACCGGGAAAAUUCUUCUGGAGAAGUUUGGAGGCUCUUUUCUUAAUUGUGUCCGAAAAAGUGAAAAAAGUGCACAGAAGUUAAUGUACCUGAUUGUUGGAAGUUUUCCUUCUUACAGAGAUGUGACUGAAUUUGAGGGCAAAAACAUUUCUUUCUACAAACGAGCUCAAAUCCUUGUGGCAGACACAUGGAGUGUGUUAGAAGGAAAAGGAGAUGGCUGCUUUGAGGAUAUCUCCAGCAUCACUAUGUUUGCUGAUUAUAGAGUGCCUCAAAUUCUUGUUUACCUUGGAGCCCUGAAAUAUUCUGAUGAAUUACUGAAGAAGCUUCUCAAAGGAGAAAUGCUUUCAUAUGGAGACACUCAAGAGGUAGAAAUAAGAGGGUGCUCGAUUUGGUGUGUUGAGCUGAUCCGGGAUUGUCUUCUGGAGCUUAUUAAAGAGAAGGGUGAAAAGCCUAAUGGAGAGAUCAAUUCCAUUCUUCUGGACUAUUACCUAUGGGACUAUGCCCGAGACCAUAGGGACGACAUGAAAGGAGUUCCAUUUCAUCGCACACGGUGCAUAUAUUAUUGAUCCAUUGAACAGAAAUGGAUCCAGUGGAAGCUCUUGCACUUUUAUAUCAUACAGUUAUUUGCACAAUUUUGAUAUGAUGUAAAGAUGACAGCAAUGACAAGAAUGAGAUCAUUGAUUAUUGCAUUACCAUUUAUAACUUUUUUCUUGUCGUUGUGUUUUCUCAUAAUCAGGCUGCACAAUAUUUGAUGAUAGCUUGUCUCAA